AUGUCGACCGUUCCAGCCCUCUCGCCGUAUUCCCGCCCGCCUGCUACCAAGGCCCAGCUCGACUACGUCGACCUCGCCUCGCUCGACCUCGCCAAGUUCUCGCAGCCCGGCGGCAAGGAGGAGCUCGUCGCCGAGUUGCGCAAGGCCAUCGAGAACGUCGGCUUCUUGUUCGUCACCGGCCACGGCAUCGAGGACGACGAGGUCGUGCGCCAGCUCCAGAUCGCCGACGCCUUCUUCAAGCAGCCGCUCGAGGUCAAGCGCGAGCACCCGUGCGACUUUGACGUCGGCAAGUACUGGGGCUACCGCGAGCCCAAAGAGACGUACGACUCGGACGCGACCGUCAAGAGCAAGAUCGAGAUGCUCAACCACCCGAAGGACACGCCUGUCCUCGCCGACGAGCAGCUCCGGUUCGAUUUCCUCGCGCCGUACAAGCCCGAGAUCUCGGCUUUCUCGCGCAAGGUGCACGAGCGUAUCCUCGACCCGCUCCUGCGCCUGUUUGCGCUCCUCCUCGAGCUGCCCGAGGGUUACCUCGCCGAGCCGCACGCGUACGACAAGGCGAGCGACGACCACCUGCGCUACAUGAUCUACGGCGUGCACAGCGCCGACGAGGCGGCCAAGAUCGGCAACCAGACGGUCAAGGGCCACACGGACUUUGGUCUCCUCACGAUCCUGUUCCCCCAGAUCGUCAACGCCCUGCAGGUGCAGACCGCCCCGGGCGAGUACCGCUGGGUCCCUUUCCUGCCCGGCCACGUCGUCGUCAACACGGCCGAGGUCCUCACCUACAUCAGCGCCGGCCACAUCAAGUCGACGGUUCACCGCGUCGUGCGCCCGCCGCCCGACCAGGCCGACUAUGAGCGCCUCGGGCUCCUGUACUUCUCGAGGGCGGCGAACGACUUUCCCGUCACGACCGUGCCGUCGCCGCUACUCGAGCGCCUGGGCCUGUACGACCCGGAGAAGGCCGACUCGAAGCCGCCGAACGGUCUCGAAUGGGGCCGCGCUCGCGUCAAGCACACACACCUGCGCAAGGUCAUCGAGCACGACAAGAAGGUCGAGCCGUUCGUCUUUGCCGGCCGCAAGAUUGACCUCGACUGUGCGCCCGACUGUCCCUCGACUCUCGAUACGUUGUCCUGA